AUGCCCGACCAGUCGCCCCUCCCCUUUGCGACCUCGCUCGACGACGUCUACACCCCGGCCGCACUCGCCCACGAGGGCGAGCGGUGGAACAACCUGUUCGACAGCUUCGAGAAGGAGUACGGCGUCGACCACAAGCACCUCAAGGUCGCUCGUGCACCAGGCCGCGUCAACAUCAUCGGCGAGCACAUCGACUACUGCGGCUUCUCGGUCCUGCCCGCCGCCAUCGAGCGCGACGUCCUCAUCGCGUUCGCUACCUCGGACCCGCACCCGUCCUUCAAGGGCGCCGACCUGCCCGCUCCGAGCGCCGACGGCAAGACGACGUUCGUCCUGCGCAACCUGUCGAGCAAGUUCACUCCGACCAGCUUCGAGGUCGACCUCGCCGGCGACGGCGCCGACCUCGCCCUCCCCAAGGACCACCACUGGUCGUCGUACUUUAUCGCCGGCACCAAGGGCAUCCUCCAGCACCUGUCGGCCAACGCCGGUACCGCACCCGUCACGCCGCCCAAGCGCGUCCUCAUCCUCGUCGGCGGCACCGUGCCCGAGGGCAGCGGCCUCAGCUCGUCGUCGGCCAUGACGACCGCGAGCGCGAUCGCCGUCCUCGAGGUCCUCGGCCGUCGCGACGGCGAGGACGGCGUCGGCCGCAAGGACUUGACCAACGUCGCCAUCGAGAGCGAGCGCCUCGUCGGCGUCAACUCGGGCGGCAUGGACCAGUCGGCGUCCGUCUUUUCGCGGUCCAAGCACCUUCUCCACGUGUGCUUCAUCCCGCACCUCGAGGCGCGCGCCAUCCCUCUGCCCAAGACGAGCCCGCCCUUCUCGUUCGUCAUCGCCAACACGCUCGUCAAGAGCGAGAAGAAGGUGACGGCCAAGUUCCAGUACAACCUGCGUGUCGUCGAGACGCGCCUCGGCGCCCUCCUCCUCGCCAAGUUCCUCGGCCUCCCGUACACGCUCGAGUCGCGCCCGUUCCCGUCGUACAAGACGAUCGUCGACGCCUACUUCCAGCACCGCGGGCCGACGCACGGCCCGAUCCGCUCCAACUCGCAGCGCCCCGAGAAGCUCCUGCGCACCAUGAUUGGCCUCAUCGGCCAGGCGCUCGGCGGGCCCGGGCUCGAGAACGGCAUGACGAUGGCCCAGGUGGCGCAGAAGCUCGAGGUCGGCGAGGACGUGCUCGCGCACGCGGUGACGGACCGCGAGGUCGAGCCGCAGGAGGGUCGGUACAAGAUCUGGACUCGGGCACGGCAUGUGUUCUCCGAGGCUCUGCGCGUGUACGAGUUCAAGGACAUCCUGUGCCGCACGGCGGCGACGUCGCAGCGUGCGACACCCGACGCCGACGACCCGAGCAAGGCGCUCCUCGAGCAGAUGGGCGGCCUCAUGAACGAGAGCAUGCGCAGCUGCCAGGUCGACUACGAGUGCUCGUGCCCCGAGCUCGACGAGGUCGUCGACAUCGCGAGGAGGAACGGCGCUAUCGGCAGCCGUGUCACCGGUGCCGGCUGGGGCGGCGCCACCGUCUCGCUCGUGUCGGAGCCCGAUGUCCCUCGGUUCAUCGAGGCGCUCAAGACCGAGUACUACAACAAGCGGUACCCGAACUUGAGCGAGCAGGAGCUCGCCGACGCCGUCUUCCCGACCAAGAGCGAGGCCGGCGCGUGCGUGUACCAGCAGAGCGACUGA